UGUCACGUUAGCCUUUCCCCAAAAACCACCUCCGUGAUAAAAUAGCCCUCUUCCUCCUCCUAAUCCUAGUCCUCUCCAUUUCUACUACUCUCUCUACUAGAUUUUUUAUUUUCAUGGAUUGAAUCAUUGAAGCAAACGAAGAAAAAAAAAAUGGAUAAAUUCUCGUACAACUCGUAUCCAGAUUCAGCUGAAUCAUCGCCUAGAUCUCGCGACGUCGAGUUUGAGAAUCCACCGCCGUGGGAAGACCACCAGCAGCAACAACAACAGAGCUACAAGGUGAAGCUCAUGUGCAGUUACGGCGGAAAGAUCCAGCCGCGUCCACAUGAUAACCAGCUUACCUAUGUUAACGGAGAUACCAAAAUCAUGUCCGUCGAUCGCGGCAUCAGAUUUCCCUCUUUGGUCUCCAAACUCUCCGCCGUCACCAGCGGCGGUGGUGGUGGCGGUGAUGGAGGAGGUGAGAUAUCGUUCAAGUAUCAGCUUCCAGGUGAGGAUUUAGAUGCGUUGAUCUCGGUGACUAACGAUGAAGAUCUGGAGCACAUGAUGCAUGAGUACGAUCGAUUGCUUCGUAUGUCAUCUAAACCAGCUCGGAUGCGUUUGUUUCUCUUCCCUUCUUCUCCCAAUAUCUCCGGUGGAUUUGGCUCUGAAGGUUCGACUAAAUCAGAUCGAGAUACGCUUCUUAAUCCUAUCCCUAGCCGACCUGAAUCGGAGAAAUCUGUUUCCGCCGCUGAUUUUUUGUUUGGAUCGGAGAAAUCAGCAGCUCCGAUUCCUCCGUCUCCGGUUAAGGUGCCUCAACCGGUACAGGAACCGGCGGUGCUCGAACCGCCGAUGUUCGUAGAUCAACGGAUGUUACAGCCGGAUCACGGCGUUAAUCCGGCGGAGAUUCAAAGACAAAUCCACGAGUUUCAGAGGAUUCAAAUCAGAGAUCAACAAGAGCAACAACAACAACAACAACAACAACAAAUGCUUCAUCAGAAUCAGCUUCAUCAACAACAACAACAAGAGGCUAUACAUCAGAACCAGCUUCUUCAACAACAACAAGAGGCUAUGCAUCAGAAUCAGCUUCUUCAACAACAGCAGCAACAAGAGGCUGCUAUGUACAGAAGAAAAAGCGAAGAUGAAGGCGGAAGAUACUUUUCUCCAACGUACGCUCAAAAUCCGGCGGCGGCGACGUCACAGAAUCAACAACCUCCGAUUGGGUACUGGCAAGGAAACAACAACAUCCCGGGGAACGUAUACGCAACCACCACGUCACAGAAUCUACCGGAGCAGCAGCAGCAGCAAGUGUAUAUGAUUCCAGCUCAAUCACAAUCUCCAGGGACAAUAUACCAAAGCGUGAUGAGACCACCGACGGUACAAGGAAGCUAUUACCCACCUGUGCAGAGAAUGCAUCCUCAUCCUGAUGCAUACAUGGAGCAGCAGAACCAAUCAGGUUACAACGUGGUUCAACCACAGCCACCGUAUUCAGGUGGUCCACAAGUUAUGACUAGUGUUGGUGGUCCCCAAGUUAUGACGAGUGUUGGUCCAAUAAUGGGGUUACAGGAACCGUAUUCACAGAUGGGGAAACCUGUGUACUACACAGUGGCUGGGGAUGGCAUGAUGGUUCAACCACCACCACCUCAGCCUCAGCAGCAGCAGCAGCAGUACCAGGGAGUCGGUCAACCGGUUAGUGGUAUGACUGAUCUGAGAACCGGACCGGAUGGGAAAGUGGUUAACAUGGCUGCACCAAAAGUAACAGAUUCGGUGUGAAAAUUGAGCUGAUAUCAUUAUCCCAUCCAUAUCUCCCCAAAAGUAUUUUAUAAUAUCUGUAAAAGUGUUUUGGAUCAAAUUAGAAUCUGGAUUUAUGAUGAAUCAAAAUUCAAGAUUCAAGCACUUUUUCAUGUUUUUUAUUUUAUUUUGGUAACUUCUACUUCUUUUUGAGUGAGUGUUCUGUUUUAACUUUUUUAAGUAUGCUUUUUUUUUUGGACCUUUUCGUCUCCUGUCUCUUGUUCACCCACCCGUUUAGUGGUGUAUAAACAUUGUUAUCCAAUUCCAAAUUUGUUUUAUGUAUCUUUAAAUUCA